AUGGGAAAUUUCCUAAGCAAACUUCUUUCCUGGUUCCACCGCAGGCCCCGGCAGCGGCGGCAACCGCAAUGGUCUCCUCUUGUCCACGCAGACUUUUCGGCUGGCCGGGUUCACCCCACAGCUCCUGUUUGUAGGUCUGCCCCGGGAGCCCUACACUGUUCUCGAUUCGUCUUGAACCAUCAGCGAGGUCUUGGGCCUCGUUUUCCAGUCAGCUGGAAUAUCCAGAACUUGAGCACCCUACUGCGGGACCUGCCUCCUCUGGCCUGGAGGCCCCCCUCAAGGGAGAAACCCGUGCUGUCUGCACGCAACUUCGCACGCGUCAGCGCCGUGAGGAUCCCUCGUCUAAGACUCAAGCUUCCCCUCCAACUGCCUUCGCUGCAAGUGCUGGGCCUGAUUCUGAAGACGGAGGUGAGGGCAGAAGAAGAGCCGGAAGAACCGAUGGAGGUGGACGAUCAGGUAGAGACCCAGGGGCAGGAGGAGGAGAAAGGGGGCCCCUCUAGCAAUGGGGGAGCAGCAUCCACCUCGAGGCCCCUGGAGACUCAGGGAAACCUCGCUUCCCUCAACUGCAGUCCCAGGACCAUAAAGGGAAAUGUCCAUAGCAGGAGCCUGACGGAAAUGAACAGGACUGACAAGGCCCAGGUGCCUGCAAUGAGUUUCCACUCCAAGGGCCAUGGAGUGCCCAGCACACACAGCCCUGCAGGAGGCGUCCUUCUCCUUGGGAAGCCUGACCCAGCUCCAGCAGUGCUCCCUGACCCAGCUCCAGCAGUGCUCCCUGGCCCAGUUCCCGGCUGCUCCCAUUGCCCAGACAAGGCGGCCUCUCAGGUGCUGGGGAAAGACCACCUGCCCAACUCCUCAGGCUUGCAGAGGGGGAAGGAGACCCAGCGCAAGGAUCCUGCAGCUCUUGUAGUAAGCAGCUCUUCUCCACCCAGAGCUGCCAGCCACAGUUCCCGACAACCAAAACGGUCAGGGCAACCCCAGCAGCUGCCACUGGUCCCUCCCCAGCAAUGGAGGUGGGGGAGAGACAAGGGGUCCCCACCCCCUAAACGUCCCCACCUAUCCCUGGAAGGAUUCACGGGCAACACGGCGGGUUACGUAGAACAUCAACAUCCGGGAGACUGAAAAAGCGACAUGGGAGGAUAAAGAAGAGUGGUAAACUGCAGUGGCAGCCAGCCUGCCCCGAUGUCUCCCCACCUGCUGAGACUCCCUGCCCCAGGCCACCUCCAUGUCAGAUCCCAGCUCCUCCUCCUACCUCUGAGGUGGCCCAUGUGGC